AUGUCAAAAUCAUCAAAAGCACUCAACUUCGUCCAUAGCGCCACCAUCGUGCUCAUCAACCUGCGCACGCUAAUCAAGCUGCGCACGCUAAUCAAGCUGCGCACGCUAAUCAAGCCGCAUUGUGGCCCUAAUCGCUAUCGGAACGAUCGUUGGAGGCGCUCUGCGUGCCGAUGUGAAGGCAGCAGCAGCAGCAGGGCGAGCUGCUCCGUGCCGCUACAGGCCGCGGGCUCAGGCGAUGGAACGCGACUGGAGGGGAGUCGAGUGAAACUGUUCGAGAGAGUUCUGUGUGCGAGUGACGGGGUGGCCUCUCCCGCAGGCCUCGUGCUGGUGUCGCUGGACAGCUUGGCGGCGCUGCUGCUGGGCUGCGGGUGCCUGGCAGUGACGCACGCGCUCUUCACGGUGAAGGCCACGCACCUCGCCAGCCACAACUCCCUCGCCGACUCGCGCCUCUGGAGCCGAGUGUGGUGCCUCUUCUUCAUCGAGGUGUGCGGCUGCUUCCCGGCGGACGUGGCGGUGGAGGAGCACGUGAAGGUGCACCACGCCUACACCAACGUGCUGGGCCUGGGCGACUCCUCCACGUGGCGUGCCCCCUUCCUGCCGCGCUUUGUCUACCUGUUUCUCGCGCCGCUCGCCCUGCCUUUCAUCACCCCGGCCGUGACGCUGGGGCUGCUGCUGAAGCGGCCGGCGUCGUCGUGGUGCUCGUCGGUGCGAACGCUGGCGCUGUGCGCGCUGGGGCUGGGCGCUCACUUCUGCUGGCUGCGCUUUGCGUGCGGCUUCAGCUCGGCGGCCACGGCGGCAGCGUGCAUGUACACGAGCCGGGCGGCCUUCGCCAUCCCCUACAUCCACGUCAACGUCUUCCAGCACCUGGGGCUGGCGAUGUUCGCUCGCGACAGCUGCCCGCGCCGGCUGGUGCAGAUGGCGCACGGCGUGCUGAACCUGCACCGUGUGCCCGUGCUGGACGUGUGCUUCGGGCACUCGCUCAUCAGCUGCCACGUGGAGCAUCACCUCUUCCCCGCGCUCUCCGACCACAUGUGCCUACAGAUUAAACCGCUCGUGUCCUCGUACCUCAAGAGCUGUGGGCAGCCUUACCAGGAGGCCUCCUACUCCAACCGCCUGCGCCUCUUUGUGGAGAAGUACGACGAGUUCCUGGUUCACCUGCCGCCCGUCACCCAUCUGGCCGGCCUGCAGUGAGUGCCGGCGGGGGGAUCGGGGGUGGGGAGGGCGGAGGCAGGGGGGCCCGGCCCGCCGCCUCCGCUCUGUGCGGCCUCGAGCCGUGGUGCUGACCCCACGCGAGAGAUGCAGGCAGCCCGGCCGGGUGGGACAGCUGGUACCGGCUCGGAGACACGUCGCGUCCGCACCGCCAACAUCCCGGAUUUGGAGUCUGGGUUUCAGCCACCCGCGAUUUAAUCUGGGUUCUUUAAAACAAAAACUAAACAAAAAAUCUUUUUUUUUUAAUUCCCAAAUGUAUUCCCUGGCAGUGUCAUGUCAUGAGACAAAUAAUCCAUUUGGCAUCACUCGCAGAGCACGGCGGCCCUUUGUGUUAGAGAACAGCCCGCAGAAGUGCAGCUACCUCUGAUGUCCCUGCUUCAAGUGACCUCUGAUCCCCACAGUAAAGGGCAUCGCUUUCCCAGCCGCCCCUGCCACACAAAGCAAUUUUUGUAGUGUCACAAACCGACAUUUUCCAUUCUCCGAGUUGGACUUUAGUCAAAUUGAGUGCACGGCCGAAUUUAAUGUGAUGGGGUUUUUGUUUUCUGCUGUAACUUGUGACCAUCAGCUCACUCCCCUUGAGAACCCAGUGCCAUGAAGCCUGGAUUCGAUUCCAAGAUUCUCAGUGGUGCCAACUCAGCUCUCUGACCUCUGAGCCAGAUACAUGGAAUCUGAAGUGGCGUGAGGAUAUGGUCUAGGUCCAAUCCCCAAUUAUAGCACAAAAACCUAUAACAUUACAUUUUGUUUGUCAUGUAAUGUGGCUUACUCUAGCUCUGAGAAUCACAAACCGUGGUUUUAGUAACACGCAACAAAUGCUUUUUUGCACAGGUUGUAAGACAUGUGGCCCUAUUGUCGAUAAGAGGAUACUGCAGUCGGCUCAGAAGUAGUUCUUUGACAUCAUCUUCUGUGGCCAUUCUUUGACGUGAGGUGUAGUUGCACUCUACGGAUGUAAAGACUCACCCGCAGGGUAUAGUGAGUUGAUGAGUUCCCACUAUUCAGAAGAAUUAAAAGCCUCUAAUAUCUGUCCCUCUACAUAAAUAUAUAUAUAUAUCCCCCAACAGGCACACAGCAUUCUGGAACUAAUUUUUUUCACCAGCAUUGCUUUCAUGCAAGCAAACUCUGCGUUCAACAGUCAAUGUCUGGAAUCAGCAGUCAGGCUUGCUCUGAGAUCAACGCUGGUGAAUUGGCAGAUAUUUAUAGGCAAGAACCCUCCCUCUCUUAGCAUCGCCAUUGGUCGUUGCCCUUGGAGGGUUCAUGUGAAAACCAUCACGUGCCACAUGCGGGAAUCUAAACGCCUUGAUUCUUACGUGGAUAGACGCAUCCAUCGUCAAUUUGAGGAUCGGUAUUAAUCAUCGAGUCGUCAUGCUCCUUUUAUAUCGCCCUCCGUUCGAGUUACUACACCUCAUGACAUGGCCUGUAAAGGAUAUCCAAAUUAAGUGACAAACCAAUUGUCAAGUUUCGGAUUUUUUUGCGUGCAGUCAUUGGUGACCAGGCCAAGACCACCAACGCGCUGGCGCUUGAUGUGACGCUUUAAUCGCGGGCCGCUUAAACCCGAGAUCGAACCCAGGUUCCCAGCGGUGAGAUCGAUGUCUCCAUGUUUUGACGGAGCCAUUGAGACCCCCCCCCCCCACCGACUCACCCAGACACCUCCCUAACACGCACAUCUAAUGCACACGCUCUGCGACCUUCGUCGGGAUAAUUUAUCUUGUAAGCGGAAACUAAGUCUAAUGAUGGACUGGCUUUAAGCAUUGUCUACGGUAUUUUGCAGUAGGUACGGACCGAACUGUCAAUCCACUGCUGGAUGAGGGCAGGCCCACACCGUGCGAAUCGUGGGGGAUAUGUGACCACAACCUCACCACGCUGGUCAGGUCGGGUCGAUGAGUUUAGGGAGCAUAGACACGGAAGGAUAGAAGUACAGCACAACAA